AUGAAGGCUCUUUCACUUUGGCUUGUGACAUGCACAGCUGUUUCUAGCGCUCUUCUCUUCCACCCAGACAAAGACAAUGAAGAAGAUGCAAAGCUUGUACAGAACUACUUGAAUAAAUUCUAUGCUGUUGAGCCAGAUCCAAAUCAACUUGGAUGGAAAAUAAAUGCUGAAUCCGCAGCUGAAAAACUCCAGAAAAUGCAACAAUUUUUUGGUUUGAAAGUGACUGGAAAACUGGAUAAUGAGACAUUGGAAAUGGUGAAGAAACCCAGAUGUGGAGUUCCUGAUGUGGGUCUCUAUGGCUUCACUCUGCCCAGAUGGAAAAAAAACAAACUGACAUACAGAAUUGUGAACUACACACCAGAUAUGAGCAAGGAGGAUGUGGAUAAAGCGGUUGAGAAGGCGUUUAAAGUGUGGAGUGCUGUCACGCCACUGAUUUUCACUCACAUUCAUAAGGGAAUAGCAGAUAUAAUGACUGCUUUUGGGACCAAAGUUCAUGGACAUUGCCCUCGCUAUUUUGAUGGCCCCCUUGGAGUUCUUGCUCAUGCCUUUCCACCUGGCAAUGGUUUAGGCGGUGAUGUGCACUUUGAUGAGGAUGAAGACUGGACCACAGGCUAUUUGGUAGGGUUCAACUUGUUCCUUGUUGCUGCUCAUGAGUUUGGCUAUGCCCUGGGUCUCUCCCAUUCUAGUGAUCAGAGGGCUCUCAUGUUCCCCAAUUAUGCCUACAUCAGCCCCAGUGAAUUUCCCCUCUCUCCAGAUGAUAUAAAUGGCAUUCAGUCAAUUUAUGGAUCCCCACCAAGUGCCCCAGAUAAAAGGCUGACCACCCCUACCUCACCUAAAAUCUGUGGCUCCCAGAUGUCUUUCGAUGCUGUAACUACACUCCGACAAGAAGUCAUUUUUCUAAAGGGCAGGCACUUAUGGCGGGUAUAUCCCGAUAGCUCAGAAGCUGAACGCGAAUUAAUUUCUGCCUUCUGGCCAAAUCUACCUCCCGGUAUUGAAGAUGCAUAUGAGAACACAAAAGAUCAGAUCCUACUUUUCAAAGGCAACAAAUUCUGGGUUAUCAGUGGAUAUCAGGUAUUGCUUGGUUAUCCAAAGAAUAUCAACACACUGGGCUUCCCUAAAGGUGUCAAGAAAGUUGAUGCAGCUGUUUAUAAUAAAAAUACAGGGAAGACAGACUUUCUCAUAGGUGACAAGUACUGGAGAUUUGAUGAAAACAGCCAGUCCAUGGAGAAGGGUUAUCCUAGACUGACAGUCAAUGAAUUUCCAGGAAUUAGUCAGAGGGUUGAUGCUGUUUUUCAACAGAAAGGAUUAUUCUACUUCUUCCAUGGAUCAAAACAAUGGGAGUUUGACCCUAUUGCUAAAAAAGUUCUCAGAGAAAUGAAGAGUAACAGCUGGUUCCACUGUUAGCAUCAUUAAACUUACCUACAUUCACUGAAAGACAAUAACUACCUUUCCAGAGA